GGUUUAGUUAUUUAUGCUGAAUUUGGUGUCAUUCAGAUUCUCCGAGGAUUAUCUGUUUGGUUCGUUGGUGUUUUCAUUUGAUCUGCAUUUUAAAGUUUAAAGUGCGGCGCUGAAAUAGUAAGACAGUAGUUUUUCAAAAGGCUGCUAAUAAGAUUGCUCCGUUUCGCUUACACAGUGCUUAACAAGAUGGCUGGUGUAAAGCGAAAAUUAAGUACCGAGUCAGAUGUUCAUGCUCUUCACAAAGAACUGGAUGAGGUUUCAUGUCCUGUUUGCAUGGAUCACCCUCAUAAUGCUGUUCUACUGCUGUGCAGCUCUCAUGACAAAGGUUGCAGGUCCUACAUCUGUGAUACCAGUUACCGACAUUCCAAUUGCCUCGACCGGUUUAAGAAAUUGCAUUCUGAAUCCCCUAAUGACCCUACUCCCGAGGGGAACUUGGCUUCAAGGGAAAAUAAUAAUGAAUCUCUAAACGAGCAUGGUACAGGCAGUCGAAGCAGUUUUCACCGUGAGUCUGUAAACCGAGGCUCUGCUUGGGAUUCCGAAUCGCUGAGGAGGAGGAGGAGAGUGGAGGAAGAAGAGCAGUCAGAAGAUAUCACAAAUUUGAAAUGUCCUCUUUGCCGGGGUACUGUUUUAGGAUGGAAGGUUGUAGAAGAAGUAAGAACGUAUCUUGAUCUUAAGAACCGAAGUUGCUCCCGAGAAUCCUGUUCAUUUACUGGAAACUACCAGGAUCUCCGCCGCCAUGCCAGAAGGACACACCCAACAACUCGUCCUUCAGACACUGAUCCAUCAAGAGAGAGAGCUUGGAGGCGGCUUGAGAACCAGAGGGAGUAUGGAGAUAUAGUCAGUGCAAUCCGUUCUGCCAUGCCCGGUGCUGUUGUAGUAGGGGACUAUGUUAUAGAAAACGGAGAUAGGUUCUCAGGUGAGAGGGAAAUGGGAAGUGGUGGGAGCGACCUUUUCACCACUUUAGUAUUGUUUCAGAUGAUUGGUUCUCUUGACAAUGGAGGUUCUAGCGCUAGUGGCAGUGGUGGUGGUUCAAGAUCCCACAGGUCAAGGGCAUGGAGGAAUCAUCGACGUACGUCUUCAGAUAGACGAUACCUUUGGGGGGAGAAUCUAUUAGGUCUACAAGAAGAACACAAUAACAACGAUGAUGAAGAGUUGCAUAUGCAGAACGAUACAGGCGGUGCUUCUACUCCUGUUCCUAGAAGAAGACGGAGAUUCGGACGUCCUAGAUCAAGCGGAAAUCAUCCGCGAUAAACCGAAUCAUCCGGUGCUAUCGAUAUCUCUCGGGUCAGAACCAGGCCGAUGCAAAGGGAAAGGUUUUGCUGAAAACCCGAGAGCCUUAGGAUUGUUUGGUGUUUAUGUAAAUGUCAUUUUGAGCCUCGUUAAGUCGCUCAUUGUAUACUACUAAGUAUGGCUUUUGAUGCAAUGUCUUCUGUUAAUUAACUCGUGGAUUAUUU